GCUAACUCCGUCGCAGCAACUUUGACAUCACCAUGACGCUGCGCAUGAUCUUCAGUAUCCAAGGCUUCAAUCGACUUACAGCCUUCGCCACAGGAGCAGCAGGUGGAUAUGCGUUCACGAAUCCCGACGUGGACAACGUCUACGAUAUUUUCCCGCUGCACAAGCCACCUCCGUAUGCCUUCCUCAAUUUGUACAAGGUGAGGGAGGAAGACAAGCACGAAUUCGAACAGAGCUGGAAGGAGGUCGCCAAGUUCAACCAGCGGCAAGAAGGAUAUUUGUUCACCAGGUUUAUGAAGGCAGAUCCACGUGCAGAAGGCUAUGAGAACCGAAGUUAUGACUACAUUGACAUAGUACAGUGGACCACUGGUGAUGCCCAGCGACGGGCUACAUUGAGGUCAGCCUAUACGGAGUUGGAAAAGAAGAUGUUGUUGACAUUUUUUCGCCGGGAAAACGACGAGCAUGUCAGGCAACUCGCAUGACUUGAGGCCUGGUGAGAGACUGGAGGCGCCCAUGAUGUUCAGCUCAGUGGUCGAUGAUACACAGAAGACGCCCACGUAGGUGCAUCAGUUUUCACGCUAGCCGCCACGUUCUUCGGCUCUUGAGCCUGGUGCGUUAGUGGCACAGCGACUGGUUGCGACUGACAAAA